AUCCCUUCCCCUUCCCCUUCCCGUUCCCCUUCUCCGAUUCCGAUUUUACGAUUUAAGUACCUUGAUGUUAGCCCAUCAUUUUUUUUUUUGGCCCUUUCUAACUGUGUUGCCCUAACGGCGCGUACAACACAGAAUAAACGGAACCUUACUGGGAUCAACCAAGGCAAAAGCACAAAAUUCGCUUCUCCAUCUCUGCGCUUCCGCGAAACAUCAAUUCAAACACCAAACCAACGUCAGUUCAAAUACAACCCAGUCUGCUGUUGUCAUCUUCAUCUUCUAUUGUAAAAGAUCUGGUGCCUUUUGCAUAAUCUGUAAAAUGUCUUGCACAGCUUCUUUAAGGAAGUUGGUUUCUGGUGUUAUCCUUGACCUGGAUGGUACCCUUCUAAAUACAGAUGGCAUAGUAAGUGAAGUCUUGAAAGUUUACUUGGUUAAAUAUGGGAAAGAGUGGGAUGGAAGAGAAGCUAAUAAAAUUCGAGGAAAGACACCUUUUGAAGCUGCAGGUGCUAUCAUAGAAGAUUAUGCGCUUCCUUGUGCAAAGGAUCAACUCCUCGCAGAAAUUAGCCCUAUGUUCUCUGAUCAGUGGCUUAAAAUUAAAGCUCUUCCUGGUGCCAAUCGGUUGAUCAAACAUUUUAGUAGUCAUGGUGUGCCUAUGGCAUUGGCUUCAAACUCUCCACGGGCAAGCAUAGAUACCAAAAUCUCCUAUCACCAAGGCUGGAAGGAAUCAUUCUCCUUCAUCAUUGGUGGUGAUGAAGUCAGAGCAGGGAAGCCAUCUCCUGAAAUAUUCCUGGAGGCAGCUAAAAGGAUGAAUAUUGAACCUUCCGACUGCCUAGUUAUUGAAGAUUCUAUUCCAGGUGUUAUGGGUGGUAAGGCAGCUGAAAUGGUAGUUGUUGCUGUGCCAUCCCUCCCGAAGCAAUCCCAUCUUUACACAUCAGCGGAUGAGGUGAUCAACUCUUUAUUUGAUUUGCGACCUGAAAAGUGGGGUCUGCCUCCGUUUCAAGAUUGGAUAGAUGAAACUUUGCCAUUAGAACCUUGGUAUAUUGGUGGUCCUGUGGUUAAGGGAUUUGGUCGUGGCUCAAAGGUUCUGGGGGUCCCGACUGCCAACUUAUCUAUAGAAGGAUAUUCAGCCGUUCUUUCAGAACAUCCCUCGGGAGUAUAUUUUGGCUGGGCUAAAUUACCAACAAGAGGAGUCUAUAAAAUGGUCAUGAGUAUUGGUUGGAACCCAUAUUUCAACAACACUGAAAAGACUAUAGAGCCAUGGUUGCUUCAUGAUUUUGAAGGGGAUUUCUAUGGCGAGGAAUUGCGUCUUGUUAUAGUUGGCUAUAUUCGACCUGAGGCCAAUUUCCCAUCCCUUGAGAGCCUGAUAGCAAGGAUUCAUGAGGACGGAAGAAUUGCUGAGAAGGCCCUUGAUCUUCCUUUGUACUCAAGGUACAAGGAUGCUCCAUAUUUGGAAGGCUCUGUCUGCAACAAUGCCAAUCAGUCCUAAAUUUCAUGGCAUUUAAUGUAUUGCUCAUCUCAUGUGGAGGAAAUGGUCAUUGAUUGAAGAUGUUUCUCAUUCAGAACAUUGGUUAGAAAUAAACUUAACGAGAACUUGAUUUGUUUCUAUUCUCUAGUAGUAAUACAUUAUACGUGUUUUGACCAUGAUAUCUAUGGCACCCAGAAGCCAGAAUCACUGUAUGUAUCAAGCAUCAAAGAAGUUACCGGCCACAUUUUCAUUUUU